AUGAAAGGGGUCAAGCAGGCCGUGCUCAAGCGGGCCAAGCCGAAGGCGAAGCCGACGAGGGGCGCUGCAAUGGCAAGGCCUGCAGCAGCUGGUGUCGCCAGGAAGCCCGCGAAGCUGAUCGGGGAGCUGCCGGAUGCCGUCGCGAGUCUCACUGACUACGACAAGCGCAAGUCCAAGACCGAGGGCAUGAAGGACGCCCCCGGCACACUCAAGCAGGAGAUGGAGGAUCUCAAGCAGAAGGGGCACGGCCAGGACAAGACCAAGAAGAUCAACUUGCGCAUCGCUGCGUGGAAAGAGGGCGGAUGGGAUCAUCCCUACUUCCAGGACGUGAUCAUGUGGCGCGAGUCGCGGACCAAGAAGAAGGCGGAGAAGGCCGUGCCCUGGCGCCGCAUGACGACGAAGGUCGGCGGAGAGGAGAACGCCGAGAAGAUGCGGACAGACGGAGAGAUCCAGGCCGUCCCGAACCCAGACAACCCAGAUGGCAGGCCUAUCUUCAAGUUCGCCGAGUACGAGGUUUCUCGCGCGCAGACCUUGUCCCGCAGCAAGUGCAUGACUUCGCAGAAGAACAUCGGCAUCGCCGAUUGGGGCAAGGCAGUCGGCUUUGCGAGCGGCAUCGAGGACAUGCAAGCCGAGUUCGACCCCGGGAGCAGCAUGGACCUUGAGCAGCUGCCGGGCUACCUCCAGGACGGCCAGCGACCAGCUCUUCAUCCUACCAGUGCUCCCGCGCCGACUGCAGACGAGAUGGGCACCGCGAUGACGCGCGUGAGUCAGGCCCUGACGAACCUCAUCAAGAUGAGGCUCGCGGUUGCGCAGGUCUGCUCGGCCCGCGCCGCGAACGCCGACCACAAGAAGUUUUUGGAGCAGAAGGUCGUGCCGAAGGGGGCUGUCGUUGAGGGGCUCAUCAAGGAGUACGAGCUCUCGGUCAAGAACAAAGUCAUCGAAGACCACCCAGGCCCGACGACCCCCGCCGACAUCACGGAGAAGUUGGCCGAGGACUCCAAGACGUGCGCGGCCAUCGGGGCCUUGCUCAACGUG